AGAUUAUACAUAUUAUUAUGGCGUGAUCUUUUUUGGACCAGUGUCAAAAUGUUGGAAUUAUCAAAUUAAAUUAAAUAGAGGCAUCUUAGAUGUGUCGGUAGUUAUAUUUUCUAGAAUUUGGUGGAUUUCUUAAGGAAUCCUGAAAAUGUGAAAAUGCCGUUUCCUAUAACGUCUUCAGAGGACUACAUACUACUGGAGUGUAAUAAGUAUUUAUCUAUUUUGAACAAAAUUAUAUUUGAUGAUUUGACUGAGCUCCUCAGGGAACUUUUACAUCAUUCUAUUGCCAAUUCUAAAAUAGAAGACUACUAUAAUGCAGUUAAAAACAAGUUAAAGAAACGAUUUACACAAAGAGAAGAAGAACUCAUAUGCAAUGCUUCAAGAACGGGAUACAGACCUUUCGACAUAACAACCAUAGCGGUACUUCUUCGACAUAUUCACGAGAAAAACAAUGUUGAAAUACUUAUAACAACGCUGAUGAGAAUUAGAAACGAGUUAUGUCAUUUAACAAAUACAAAUAUAACAGAAUCACAGUUUGAGAUCUAUUUUGACCAGUGCUGUUACAUAGCAAAUGCUUUGGAGGAAUACCUAAAGAAACCGAAGUUUUUGGAGCAGAAAUUUCAAACUAUAUACGAAGUUAACACACGUUCCAAAGAAGAUAGGAUUGACUUUCAAAUUGAAACAGUUAAACAGUCAUUGACGGAAUUCAAAUUUCCAGUGAAGAACAGAUUGGAACCUCCAGAACAAACAAAGUGGUUUUUAAAUGCUCGAGGUACCAAACCAUGUACUAAUUCUAAGUCACUUAAAUACGUAGUGGAAGAACACACUGAUAAAACUAGAAGCGAUCCUGUUUUAGACAAAACAGAGGUAGCGAGAAAAACUGAUGAAAAAGAGAGUUGUGAGAGACUAAAUCCUUUUAAACAUCCUCUUCCUUUUAGAUCUAAACUUCAUCUUGAGUCAUCAGAAGUGUGCAAUGAUCAAGGUAUCAGGAAAUGUCCAAGUGAAAAUUCAGCACUUUUUGCGACCAACAAAACUGGGUUUUGCAGUAGAAGAAGUCUCGAUAAACCUGAUCAGUUGGUUGUUCAUCUCAGAGGUGGAAAUGAAAAAUGUAAAUUGGAUCAGGCAUGUUCCUCCUGCGUUGGAAAUGGAAAUAAAAGUGUCUUGCGUAGCCGAAGUCCGUUGGUCGACACAGUUAAGAAUUUUUCAGUCGAAGAGGUUGGGGCCUGUCAAAGUCAGACACAGAGUCAGUCAUCCACGAUAAACAAAGACCAAGAACACCUGAUUCAAAAUUCGAGCAAAGAUCAUAUACAAGACUCACUAGCAAUACCACAUACACAUGACGGACAGGAUAACUCGAUAUUUAUGUUUCAAACCCAUAAAGUAGAUUUACAAAAACCUGCAUCAGAACAAAAGAAAACAUUUCGCCGAAAACAAAGAAAGAAAUAUUCUAAAACAGAACGGCAUGCAGAAUAUCCUCUUCAUUCCAAUGAAUCAUUUUCAAGCUGUAAUAUUGCUGUUGCUGUUCCGAAAAACUCAAAGAAACAGUACCUAAACAGACGAUACUCUAAACGAAAAUCAUGUGAAGUAAUCAAAGAAGUAUCAUUGAUGGCUAGAAGAUUAUCAGGGUUGCCAUCCAAAGAAGGGACAUCGUUUGACUUCGUUUGUUCAUUGUUGAGAAACAGGAAAAAGAAGAAGAGAACAAAAAUCAAAGAUCGCUUAAGCGACCUUGGUGUGGACUGGAGGUUGGACGUCAAAGAGCUGAAUAAGGAAUUAGUAGAAGACAUAGUUGCAGAGGAUUGCGGUGGAACUGCAGUUGUCCUCUAUUCUGAAUUUCCCGAAGACUCUCACAAAGCUGGAUCCUUUUUGAGAAAAUUUAAUAUUAAAAUACCUGAGGUGAAAAUAGAACUUCAAGAUGAAGUAUCAAAACCAGGGGAAAUGCUGCUUGAUGUGAGCCCGUAUUUUACAAGACAUUAUAUUUUUGUUCUACUAUCUCAGCACUACCACGAGUCAAAAAUAUUUCAACUCAUAGCCAAUACCUGCCUCGUCAUGUCUUUAGAAGAUGAAAACAAACACGGAAGGGUCAUUCCGGUAUUAAUGACAAAAGAUGACAAACUGCCAACUGAGUUUCGGGCAAUAAAGCCUGUGAAUUAUGAUGAUGAAAAUUUCAGGAAAAAAAUGCUUCCAUUAUUUAGACCAGGACUACUUCGGUCAUUUUCAUGUUAGCUGAUAUUUUUGAUAAAAUGUGUAACAUUAUCACCCAAACUCCGUACAUUGAUCGUUUACGUUCCGGAUCUAUUUUCCUUUCCUCCAUCAAUGUGAUAAGUGUAGAGUGUUUUGAGGACCCGUAUGCGAAUCGGAGCUGGAACUGUCGGGAGUUUGAUUAUUAUCUUUACAAGUAUGAGACCUGCAUACAAAACCAGUUAAAACCUCUGUAUAACAAUGAACAAGUAUACAAAAUAAACGUGAACGACUUCAUAAUAUGCACUUUCAACUAAAGAAAACGUUUCAAAUUUUGUAUAGUGCAUUCCGAAUAAGUUUGUGUGCAAAAACCAUGGGAUUGAUGUACACUGAUAUUUCAUCUGCUUUUUUGACCAUAUGAUAUUGAUUUAAGUUUAUAUUGUCCUUCAACGUAUAUCAUUAACGAGUGACCGCAACUGAUAAAACAUUGAUCAGUUUUCCAUGAAUUUGGUAUCUAGCUAUUUUGUAUUUUGACAAUAUCAUUGACAAUUUCGGGUUAAAGUCAUAUGAAUAAAGGCAACAGUAGUAUACCGCUGUUCAAAAAUACAUAAAUCGAUAGAGAAAAAAACAUGAAUGAAACGAGUGACUGGUGAAACAUAAUGUUUAUCCAAUUCUUUAACCAAUGCAUGUAUAUAUCAUAAACUGAAUCUCCUGUGCACAAUUUUUUUUUAUUUCUUAAGCCAAAAUAUAGUAUUAUCGUCA